GAGCGGCCCUUUAAUGGUUCCCAUCAAAACCACUAAAAACAUCAUCAGAGAGCGGAGGAUUCCUGUGGCAUACUCCGGGCGCUCUCCCAGCUGACACUCGACCAAAACAAACCGCAGCGGGACUUUGAGGACGGUACAGCGCUGCGCUUCCCCAGAGACAAGUCAUCUGAAACUUUCUCCGUGUUUCAGGAUACUUUGGAGCGGGCGACACCAUCGGCCUCUCCGCAUUUAUUACACUUUGCUUUAUUUACCUUGACGUUUCUUAUCCCACGGAGCUCGUCCGGUUCAUGAUCACAAAUGUUAGCGGUGGGGCAGAUGGACGCUAACCGGCAGAGUGCGUUCGUCUUGGGCAGCACCCCGCUGGCGGCGUUGCACAACAUGACCGAGAUGAAGACGUCUCUGUUCCCGUACACACUGCAGCAGAGCCCGGCGGGCUUCAAGGCGCCCCCGCUCUCCAACAUCAGCUCCCAGAUUGCUGGGGGCACCCCGCACGGCAUCAGCGACAUCCUGGGCCGACCCAUUACCACCGCGGGCCAGCUGCUCUCGGGGUUUCCCCGGAUAAACGGCCUGGCCACCACCGCUGCUGCCGCAGCCGCCGGGAUGUACUUCAGCCCCGCUGUGUCGCGGUACCCCAAGCCGCUGGCGGAGCUCCCGGGCAGAGCACCCAUCUUCUGGCCCGGCGUGAUGCAGGGGUCGCCCUGGAGAGAUCCAAGAGUCCCUUGUCCCACUCAAGCGAACCUCAUGUUGGACAAGGACGGGAAGAAGAAGCACUCCAGACCCACGUUUUCUGGACAGCAGAUCUUCGCUCUGGAGAAAACCUUCGAACAGACCAAGUACCUGGCGGGACCGGAGCGAGCCCGCCUGGCCUACAGCCUGGGCAUGACCGAGAGCCAAGUCAAGGUCUGGUUCCAGAACAGACGGACCAAAUGGAGAAAGAGGCACGCCGCGGAAAUGGCCACGGCCAAAAAGAAGCACGACUCAGAGACGGAGAAGAUGAAGGAGAGCUCAGAUAACGAGGAGGACGACGAGUACAACAAACCACUGGACCCGAACUCAGACGACGAGAAAAUCACGAGACUUUUGAAAAAGCACAAGGCCACGAACCUGGCGCUGCUGAGCCCGUGCAGUAACAGCUCGGACACGUUGUGAUGGACACAGCUUAAAGAGACUUUUAUCGCACUCUCCCACGGCCCUUUGCACCUGCACUGAACAUGCCCCGGACAUGAAGACAAGUCGCUUAUUUGGAGCGAUAAACGCGUAAAAAAUUAUAAUUUUACAGAAGGAAAGUUGUGAAGAAUGCGGAGACACGCGCGCUCUGUUCUACGGGAGCCGAGUGUCAUAAAAAGGACAAAUACCUUUACUAUGGCGACGAACUGUCACAAACUUUAGUUUUUACGCCUUUAAAUACGUUUUAACACAACCUAUAAAUGUAAACUAAACUUUAAAAUGUCUACACACAACGGACCAGUGUUGGGAUGACUAAAACACAGUCUUAGAGGGUUUUUUAAAUUUCAAAUUAGGGCCGUGAACAGUCAUUUGCUAAACCACUUUACAACAGCACUGUGCAUCGUACACAUCAGCUUACAGACUAAUGUUUUUGAGAGGGUUUUUUUCUGUUAAAAAAGUUAUACUUUUUAUGGGGCAAUUUUAAUAGCACUAUAUAAAUUUAAAAACACAUUUAUAGUUUACAAUUAUAAACAUUCUGUUUAUUAAAUUAACAUGCCAUUAUACAUUUUUAAAUGGCAAAAAAUAACUCAUUUAACAUUUUUGUAUUUGUAUUGUAUUUUGUCUUUUUUUUAAAGACUUUUUAGGUCAGGUUUAAAAUGGCAGUUUGAGGACAUUUAUUUGAACUCACAUUUUCUACAGAUUGUUUUAAUUUUUUCCAACACUGGUCCUGGUACAGAUGCAUGUUCAUGUGGCAGGUGUAAAGAGCCUGUGAUGCUUUUAAAGCUCAGAUUAACCAGGGUACCACUGUCCUACAGCGCUGCGAGCAGAGGGGGGCAGGCUAAAGAGGAGUUGAGUGGACACGACUGAAUGCUUCGUGCUGUAGCCUAAAGAUGAACUUGUAUGUGAGAUUGUAUAUAUUUUUUACUGUAAGUUAUAUGUUGUGAAGCAGUGGACAUGCGCUUAUCCCCUGUUGUCUCACCCCCCGCUCUUCUUUGUUCAGCAGACUCAUGUACAGGCAAACAUACUGUAAAUAUUCAGAGUAAAUCCAAGGCUUGUUUUCACCAGCAGCAGACAAACGUUAUGUGGUUUAAUUAGUUUGAGACCAUCUUCUCCGAGCGGCACCACUGCUUCUGUUGGACUAAAGAGAGUAUUAUUGCUUCCAGAAAGUUACAGGAAGAAAAAGAAAACACUUUGUAUUAUGAAUAAAUUAUUUAAC